CAACUACCAAUGAGAUAAAAAGCCAAUAGCCGUUGCGCUCCCGCGCAAAAUAUGCGCCUGACGUCGACAUGAAGAUAUUCUUAGGUUUCGUGCGCAACGAGUAUUUUUUCCAAUAUUUCGCUACCAUCGCAGGUGCCUUUUCGGUAAUAAGUUCCGGUAUCAAUCUGGGAUGGACGUCUCCGUUUCUGCCAAAACUCCAGGCGAACUCGUCGACCAUCCCGACUACGACGGACCAAGGCUCAUGGUGCGCGAUCGCCCCAUUGCUCGGCGCCCCUCCCGGGGCCGUCCUGGCCGCCAUCGUGGUCGAUAAAAUCGGUAGGAAGAUGACCACGCUGCUGAUGGCGCCUCUGGUAUCCGCCUGUUUCGUCGGCAUCGCGUUCUCCUCUUCCAUCUGGGAAAUAACCAUCCUCAGGUUCGUUAUCGGUUCGGCAGAGGGCGCCCUCUACACGGUACUGCCGAUGUACGUCGGCGAAAUAUCCGAUCCCAAGAUAAGGGGUUUCCUAACGGCGACCAUCGCGAUCGCCGCCAUCACCGGCACCCUCUUCAUAAACGUCUUGGGCUCCUUCACGGAUAUCUUCGUCUCUAGUCUUGUCUGCGCCCUGAUCCCGAUCAUCCACGCCGCCGCUUUCGUCCUGGUACCCGAAUCGCCGUACUACCAUAUCAAACAGGGAAACUACGACGCGGCAAAGAGGAGCCUGCAGGCACUCAGAGGUAGGAACGACGUCGACGACGAAAUGGAAGCACUGUCCAAGGCGGUGGUCAGACAGGAACGCUGCAAGACCGGUUUCCUAGACCUGUUCACCGUGUCGAGCAACAGAAAAGCGUGUUUCAUUUUCGUCAUCGUGUGCUGGACGAACAAGUUUAGUGGCAAGAACCCGUGCAUGUUUUACACGGAGACCAUCUUCAAGGAGGCGGGCAGUACGAUCGACGCUACACUAUCCGUGAUCGUUUACUGCGGUGUCGAGCUUCUAGCCGUCACUGUGACGACGUUCUUCGUCGUUGACAGGUUCGGUAAAAGGCUGUUCCUGAUAGUUUCGACUGCUGGCUGUGCGGUCUCCGUCCUAGCACUAUCGGUCUACUUUUUCCUCAAAGAUUACGCCCAAGCCUUUGACACAGACUUUUUGUUCUGGGUGCCCAUCACAGCGUUGGUUUCGUACAACGUCAUGUUCAGCAUGGGACUAUCGUUCGGCAUGGUAACGGUGCUGAGCGAACUGUUCCCGACUAGCGUCAAGGCGAAAGCGCUUUGCAUAGCUGAUACCUUCUCGGUGCUGACCGGAGCAAUAGUGUCCAAGUUUUUCCAGAUUUCUGUCGACGAGACCGGCACUAUGGCCGUCCCGUUUUUCUGCUUCGGUUUGUGCAGUAUCGCGGGUUUGGUGUUUAUCGUCAGGUACAUGCCGGAGACGAAGGGCAAGACGCUGGAAGAGAUCCAGCAGCUGCUAAUCGGACAGGAACAAUACUCGUCCGAUCUACGGACCAGGCAGCGGGCGAUCGUUAACGAUUCGUUCAUAUGACCCGUUGGUCAUGUUAUUGCUACCACAUUUUUACAUCCGCAGUGCAGAAAAUCGCUGCAUGUCGAUGCAGUCGCAAUGUUAACUUUCGUUUCGUUUUAAUCGCCAGAAAAUAACCGAUAAUAAGCACCAUCUGAAAACGUCGCGAAAACUAUUAAUUGAAAAACACUGUUCAAUGUAAAUUUGUAGGUCAAAUCAGCGAUAUUCAUCUGGUAGUUAAUAACACGAACGUUUUUCUAUACGAUAUUUAGAAUGGUGGCCGGUUCAAGAAAAAUUUGAAAAAAAAAAGUUUCAGGACACUGAUAACGAUUUCGGUGUAUGUACGCACCGAUAAACUGUGAUGCUUCUGUGUUGACUGCUAACAAACUCGAAGAUCAAGCGAAAAACAAACAAAAGGAUUUACAUGUGCUGAUAAAUCAUAAGCUUAUUUCCCUAAUUAUCAAUGAUUAGGCAAGAUAAGUUUUUUUAUUAAACAAAAAUAGUGUUUAAUAAACAUAUUUCAAUCUUGUUUGUUUCGCAUUAUUUUGUGU